GCAGUGGCGUCACUUCCGGCCGGCCCACUGAAGCUGCGGGGCGGCGGCGGCGGCGGCGGCGAGGCGGGCGAGGCCGCAGGAAUCUAGCUUCAGAGUGCUAGGACCAGAUACCCCAGCGAUGACCAGCUCCCCUGUUUCCAGAGUCGUCUACAAUGGCAAGAGGAACAACAGUCCCCGUUCUCCCACCAACAGCAGUGAGAUCUUCACACCAGCCCACGAGGAGAAUGUCCGCUUCAUUUAUGAAGCCUGGCAGGGUGUUGAGCGAGACCUACGCAGCCAGCUGCCAGGUGGUGAGCGGGGCCUAGUGGAGGAAUAUGUGGAGAAGGUCCCUAACCCUAGCCUGAAGACCUUCAAGCCCAUCGACCUGAGUGACCUGAAGCGCCGGAAUACGCAGGAUGCCAAGAAAUCCUAGAGAGCCUGGCACCCCUCCCCUGGCCUCCAGAAGAUCAGGGUGCACUUGAUGUUGGCUUCCUCUGUUCCCGUGACUCUGCUUCCGGGAGGGGGGAGGAGAAUGUGCUCUUGCCAGCAGGCUGCAAACCCCAGAGCCAGCAGGAUUGAUGCCUAAGGCCCCCUCCUUUCUUCUCUAGUGAUCGCAAGUUGCCCCGUCACUAGGGGAGCCGGAGUCUGACCUCGUUAGGCCCUGUCAUUUUCCCCUGGCCAGCUGCAUCUUGGGUGGCGCUUGGCCCUGCCUAUGCCCCAGAGGCCCUGACCCCAGCCCCCUCUGCUGUUACCUGCCAUGCCUCGCCCCCUUCCUCCUGGCCACUUCAGGAUCAGGAGGGAGAAGGGGGGCCUCUGUUUGUCUGUUGGGACCUUGAGAUGACCAGAAAGCAGGAUGUUUGCAGUCCCUGCGUCCAGCGUGGGUUCUCCCAUAGACACUUGCUGUUCCUUUGGCCUGGACACUCGGGGAACUUCUUCCCCCAUCCCCACUGUCCAGCCUGCCCCUUCCUUGCCUCAGAUUCAGAGUAGCACCAGCUCUGGGCCUGAAGGGGCCUCUGGCACCCAGGUCUAGUCUGGCACCUGCAGCCCUGUGGCCACAGCAGUGCCCUUGGGCAGGGAUGCCAAGACUGACCCUGAAGGAGUGGGUGCUGCCAGGCCUGUCCUGGCUCUCUGGGGUGUGCUGGGAGGGUCACCAAAGCCUCCUUUUUCUUGUGCCCUCUGGAAGCCAAGUGUCUGUGGCUUUGGAGACUGAGGGUCUGAAUAAAGGUGGGUGGCACUGGGAA